AUGAGUAAACUUAAAGUGAGAAAAAAACACAAGCACUUGAGGACCUUUGAAGAGGAUCUAAAAAAUGAAGUGAUUGUGAAAAAUAAAAUAAUAAAAACGAAAAAAAACAAAGAUAAGCAUAGAAAAGAAAAGUUUAGAAUAAAGAACAAUGAAAUGCAUUUUCAUAAAAAGAAAAAAAAAAAUGACGUUCAUAAAAUUUUAAAUUUAGCGAAUGAACAAAAUGAAGAAGAUUUAGAUUAUGAUAUAAAUAAUAUAAAUGAUGAUAAUAAUGAAGAAGCUGAUAAAUUUUUACACUUUGAUGACAUUAUUGAAGAAAACAUAACAAAUGAUAAUGAUAUAUUUUUUAAUGAAAAUAAAAACCUUCCUUAUAAUACUAACACAGAAGAAGAAGAUGUAGAUGCUAAAGACAUUUUUGAAGAAUUAAAUAUUAAAAUUAUGAACGAUUCAAAACAUGUGUCCUACAACAAAAUGGAGAAUAUCACACAAGAGCCAAAUCAAUCCACAGAGGAUAAAGUAAAUUCACUUGUAGAAAAAUGUUAUAAAACUAUAGGUGAAGAUUUAGCACAUUAUAAAAGUGGAAAACUACAUAGAGCUCUUACCAUUUUGACGAAAUCAUCUAAAUGGUAUGAAUACUUAUUAUUAACAAAACCAAAAAAAUGGACACCACAUGCUACUUUUGAAAUUACUAAGCUUUUCUCUUCAGGAUUGAAGGAAAAGGAAGUUAGUAAAUUUUAUGAAUUUAUAUUGUUACCAAUAGUAUUGGAAAACAUUGACAAGAAUAAAAAGCUGGAUUCCUUUCUUUAUAAGGCAUUAAUAAAAGCUUUGUAUAAAUCAAAAUCUUGGUUUAAAGGGAUACUCUUUCCCAUCUUACACCGUGAAUGUACCAAAAAACAGAUGAUAAUUAUAGGAAGUGUAAUUCAAAAAAUGAGUAUAUCCAUAAAUUGUGUUGUUUUAGCACUUGAUGAAAUAUUUUCCUUUUCUUGGAAUUCCAUAAUAUCAUAUAUUUUAAUACUCUUAUUUAAUAAGAAAUAUGCUUUUACAAAACAGUGUAUUGACAAUUGUGUUAAUUACUUUCUUCGUUUUGAAAAUUAUCAAGAUGUUUUAUCAAUCAAUUGGCAUAAAUCUUUGUUAACGCUCGUUCAUAAUUAUAGAGGCCUAAUGUGUGACACUCAAGUUGAGGCAUUAACCCAUUUAGUUAAAAAAAAAAAUCAUCACCAGAUUUCAAGUGAAAUAAUGAAGCAUUUAUAUUCACCAACAUCCCUUAUGAAUAAAAUAAAAGAUAUAAAAGUAAACAGUGAAGAAUAUGUAGUGUAA